AUGUGGUUGUUUGGAAAACGAAAAACGGCAGCAGAGCUGCUCCGGGAGAACAAGCGCCUGCUUGAUCGGUCGAUCCGGGAGCUGGACCGGGAGCGCACGGGCCUGCAGAACCAGGAGAAAAAGCUGGUGAUGGAGAUCAAGAAGAUGGCCAAGGAGGGCCAGAUGGACGCUGUCAAGGUCAUGGCCAAGUCCUUGGUGCGGAAUCGGCACGCCGUCAACAAGAUGUUUGCGCUGAAGAGCCAGCUGCAGGCCGUGUCAUUGCGGAUAGCGACGCUCAAGUCCACGCACGCCAUGGCUGACGCGAUGAAGGGAGCCACCCGGGCGAUGGGCAUGAUGAACAAGAGGAUGAACCUGCCGGCCCUGGCCAAGAUCAUGCGGGAGUUUGAGCGUCAGAACGAGAAGAUGGAGAUGACCAGUGAAAUGAUGGGUGACGCCGUGGACGGCGCCUUUGAGGAGGGCGGGGAGGAGGAGGAGACAGACGAGCUUGUUUCCCAGGUCCUGGACGAGAUCGGGAUCUCCCUGGAUGCAGACCUGGUGUCAGCUCCCAAGGCGCGGGCGGGCUGGUUCGGUCACACGCUCGGCGCCCGCAGGGGCUCUCAGGAGGUGCCUGCAUGA